AUGACUCGCGAGCAAGAGACCAAUGGAACAAUGAUACAGUACUUUGAAUGGCAUCUUCCUGCCAAUGGACAGCACUGGAACAAGAUUGCAAAGGAAGCUGAAAAACUCGCCAAAAUGGGUAUUACUUGUGUCUGGAUUCCACCACCAACUAAAGGUGCAAGUGGUCCCAACUCUGUCGGCUAUGAUGUCUAUGACUUGUGGGAUCUGGGUGAAUUCAAGUCCAAAGGCUCUGUCCGUACCAAAUACGGCACAAAAGAAGAACUCAUCAAUGCUUGCAAUGCUUUGGAUUCCAACGGCAUUCAGAUCUGUGCUGAUGUUGUUCUCAACCAUCGAUUGGGUGCUGACGAUACUGAGGAGUUCGACGCCAUCAUGGUGGACCAAAAUGAUCGUGGUCAAGAUGUCGGUGGCAAGGAGAAGAUCAAGGCUUGGACUCGCUUCACAUUCCCUGCUCGUGGAAAGAAAUACUCGGAUCUGGAAUUCCACUGGUAUCACUUUACUGGAAUCGACUAUGACGCAAAGAACGAACGAGCUGCCGUGUAUCGUAUCCUGGGCAAUGGCAAAUACUGGUCUGAAGACGUCGACUAUGAAAACGGCAAUUAUGACUACUUGAUGGGAGCAGAUGUUGACUACUCUCAUCCAGAAGUAGUUGAAGACGUAACGAAGUGGGCUGUAUGGCUCGUCAAGGAGUUGAAAUUAUCUGGAUUCCGUAUGGACGCGCUCAAGCACAUCGAUGCUGGCUUCAUUGCUGAAUUCUUGGCCAAUGUCCGUAAGGAAACUGGAAAAGACAAUUUCUUUACUGUUGGGGAGUACUGGAAAGAAGGAACUCAAGAUUUGGAGGGCUAUCUCGCCAAACAGGACUAUAAAGUCAGUCUGUUUGAUGUGAAAUUGCACUACAACUUUGCUGCUGCUUCUCAAGGUGGUGCCAACUAUGAUAUGUGCAAGAUCAUGGAUGGAUCCUUGGUACAAACCAACCCAAUGAAUGCUGUUACGUUUGUCAACAAUCACGACACUCAACCUGGUGAAUCUCUUGAAUCGUAUAUCGAGCCAUGGUUCCAACCUCAUGCAUAUGCACUCUGCUUGUUACGAAUGCAAGGAUAUCCUUGCAUCUUCUACGGAGACCUAUACGGCAUCUCUGGUGAAAACCCCGUCAAACCAUACGCAGCACUUCCAAUCUCAAACAUGAUCCGUGCUCGCAAGCAUUUCGCAUGGGGUGAACAAAACGACUAUUUCGACCACCCCAACACCAUCGGAUGGGUUCGUCUCGGAAACAAACAUUUUGAUAAAUCAGACCUGACACCAGAAGAUCUCAAAACCGAGCCUGACGGUGGUGCAGCACCUCAAGAUUUGGGUCCUGGUCUUGCCGUUGUGUUGUGUGCUGGUGGUGCGGGAAGCAAGCAUAUGUUUGUUGGGUUGCACCACAAGGGAACUGAAUGGUUGGAUAUUGUCUAUCCUGGCCGUGAGCACGUCGUGGUUAUUGAUGAUAAUGGGUUUGGAGACUUUGUUGCUGAUGAUGGUGGCAUGGCGGCGUAUACUCUACGAGAGUUUGCAGAGCCAUUUAGAGCCGCUGAGGCUGAAUUGUAA